CGGUCACAUAACGCACCCGAUGUCACUACGUUUUAUUGUUUUGUUUAAAGUUUCAUCUGAAUCUAUUCCUGAACAUUUAAAUAACUGAAGUUAGCCCAACGGACUGACGUCAUUUGUUUAUUCGUCGUAUGACGCGGGAACAUUACAACACGGGCAACAUAAUACGUUAAAGAGAAUGAAUACAGAGAGAAUAAACAAGAUGGCGCUAGUUGGAACGUCGUAACCGUCAACUACCGUAAAACGUCAGAGAAGAAGAAGUGGAGCCGGAAGUGAGGUUCAGCGGUGAACAGACGGUUCAGGGAAAGUUUCUUCUUCAGAUGUUCAGAACCUCCGGUCUUCUUCAUGAGCGCGCGGGUGAGCUUCACGUGUGUGUGUUGUACUUCGCUAAGAGCGUGGAGCUGACUGGAGUGAAGGAGGAGGAGCUGGUUUCCGUGCCGACACCAAUCAGCAGCCAAGACCUGUGGGAGCUGUUGCUACAGCGACACCCGAGACUCUCUCUCCUGCAGCAUCAGGUGGUGCUGGCGGUGCGUCAGCAGUACGUUGCCAUCGGCGACCAGGUGGUAACCCUGGGAGACGGGGACGAGGUUGCCGUGGUGCCGCCGCUCAGCGGAGGAUAAACACAGUACAACCCGUGAGGACGAGGUGGGCGGCAGGAAGGUGAUUGGUCUAGAGUACGAGGCGUACGAGCUCAUGGCCCAAUCAGAGUUCAGGA